CAGAGGUCACGGUUGAAAGGUGAGGGUUCACACCCUUCAGGCUGAGGAGGAUGGCGGUGGAGGUGCUCGUCGUCUCCCGGCUCCUGUGUUUCCUGCUGGCUCUCCGGCUGGGCGCCGGCUCCGAGGCCGAGGGUGUCGGGGAGAAGUUUAAAAUCGAGGGCCGAGCGGUGGUGCCCGGCGUCAGGCCGCAGGAUUGGAUCCACACAGCGCGGGUGUUGGUGGAGGGAGAGGAACAUGUCGGCUUCUUCAAGACAGAUGGAACGUUCACUGUAAACGAUGUUCCUUCUGGUUCAUAUGUGGUGGAAAUAGUAUCACCAGCCUAUCGCUUUGAAGCUGUGCGAGUGGAUAUAACGUCCAAAGGUAAAAUCAGGGAGAAGAGAGUGGAAGAGGGAAUAAGUGAUAUGCUGAGUGGGGAAGGAGGCCACAAAGCAAGACAUGUGAACUACUUAAAAGCAUCUGAAGUUAUUAGGUUACCAUAUCCCAUACAAAUCAAAUCUACUGGCCCUCCGCCAUAUUUUCUGAAGAGAGAAACAUGGGGCUGGACAGAUUUCCUCAUGAAUCCUAUGGUCAUGAUGAUGAUUCUUCCAUUGUUAAUCAUCCUCCUAUUGCCUAAAGUGGUCAACACAAAUGAUCCUGACAUGAGACGGGAGAUGGAGCAAUCCAUGAAUAUGUUGAACCCGAACCAUGAGUUGCCGGAUGUUUCAGAGUUCAUGACUCGCCUUUUUUCUUCCAAGUCAUCUAAAUCUGGGAGUGGUAGCAAGGCUGGCAAAAGUGGUGUUCUGAAAAGGAGGUAGUCUUUCCUUCAACAAGUCGUUCAAGGUUAUGACACACACAAUGCCUGUUUAUGCUCUUUCUGAAAAAUAAAUCGCCAGUAGAAUAAAUACUGAGAGCUUCUUACAAAGAAAAGUAAAAUCUGAAACAAAGCAUACUUGACAUCUUGAAGACAAAGGGCUUGGUAUUUAUGUAAACAGUGAAAAUUGUGUGCUUGCAGUGACUAGUAUAUUCUGGAGAAUGUCUUAUUUAAUUAAGUGUAACUCAGAAUAAUUUCCCAGUUAAUUUACUGCCACUUUUGGUAAGUAUUUUUUAAUACAUUUCAGUGUGUUCAAGAAACUAAAGUAAUAUAAAACUGAUUUUUUUCAAAUCUCUGUUCAAUUUCUUAAGUAUGAGGCAAUGGUAUGUCUCAAAUUAAUGAAAAAAUAUUCAAGAUAACUUGUUCUGGGCUAUGUAUAUUUCAAGUGCACAUAAUAAAAUAAUACAGAAAAA